UUUGAUGAGGUCGUCUUGGAUGAGACAAAAGACGUCUUGGUUGAGUUUCAUGCACCGUGGUGCAGACAUUGCAGAGAACUUGCCCCGGCUUAUGAGAAGGUUGCUGCAGCAUUUAAAAUGGAGGAAGAGGUGGUGAUUGCAAACCUGGAUGCUGACAAAUAUAAGGAUCUUGCGGCGAAGAAUGAUGUAAAAGCAUUUCCUACGUUGAAGUUCUUUCCAAAGAGCAAGAAAGCCGGCGAGGUGUAUGGGGGAGGAAGAGACUUGAACGACAUCGUCGCUUUCCUCAAUGACAAAUGCGGCACAAGUAGAGACCGAGAAGGACGGCUUACUUCAAAGGCUGGUAUAGUUGAAAGCUUGGACGCCUUGGUAAAGGAGUUCGCAGCUGCUAAGCAUGAAGAGAAGAAGGCCGUGUUUGCCCGAAUAGAAGAGCAAGUAGAGAAGCUUAACGGGUCUGCUUUAAGGUACGGGAAGAUUUACUUGAAAGCCGCCAGGAAUUGCAUGGAGAAAGAUUCUGAUUAUGCCAAGAAUGAAAUCCAGCGCCUGCAGCGCAUGCUUGACAAGCGGGUGAACCCAGCGAAGGCAGACGAAUUUGCUCUGAAGAAAAACAUACUGUCGACAUUCGCGUGACAGAAGAGUGGCAUGCAUCAACCGACCGAAUUUAUUAAUGUUUUGGAAGAUUUCCGGGUGACGAACGAACACAUUCUCAUGUCAGCAUGUCGCUUUAUAACUCCCUUUAAUAAUGAUGACACGGACCAAACUGUGCAAGGUAUAACAUAAAACUUUCAUCUGCGCAUGUUAUAACUUGAAACAUGAGAUAAAUAGAAAUUUUAUCUUGAUUUAUGUAAAAGGUACUUAUAAUUAUAAUUCCAAAUGAGCUAUAUAAGAGCGGCCAUCAACGACGCGCUAAUAUUCCAGCCCUUAUGAUUU